AUGCGCUUCUCACUCGCCACGUCGCUAUUGGCGCUUUCCAGCGCUGCCUCUGCCGCUACGCAAUGGGGCUUCACCGACGGUUCCGUGACGGUCGCUGCCAAGGGCGGCGGCGAGGGGGUAACUGAAAAGUUUACCUCUGCCGUCCGAGUCAAGACCGAAGUCGAGCUGGGCCACGUUGGCACCCUGAAAGUGUCCCUGACGGCCGAGGAGGCAGGCAAAGCCAAGCGCCCGCACCAGGCCUUCCUCGUCCUCAGAGAGACUGCCUCUGGGCUGGAAGCUCCGUUCCCUCUGACGAUUAAGGAGUCGGGCAAGGGAUCUGUGAAGCUGACCCAAAAGGAUCUCCCCGUUCAGCUCCUCAACUCGGCCACUCCUAUCGAGGCCAAGAUUGUCCUGGGCUCCUUCGGCUCUUCCAAGGCUAUUGUGGCAUCCGUGUUUGACAUUAACGUCGUGCGCGACCCCAACAGCGCCAACACGUACGAGGCGCCUCUGCGCUACGGCAAGCGCCCCGAAAUUCACCACAUCUUCCGCGCCGACCCCAAGAACCCGCCCAAGAUCAUUUCUCUUGCCUUUGCGGGCGCUGUGCUGGCCGCCAUCCCGGUACUGUUCAUCAGCUGGCUUGCUCUUGGAGCCAACCUCAGCCACGCGGGCAAGGCCCUUGGCGCGGCGCCCAUCUCGCACGCCGUGUUCUACGGCUCCAUCCUGGCGAUGGAGGGCGUCUUCUUCCUGUACUACAGCACCUGGAACCUUUUCCAGACCCUCCCGGCCAUUGCCAUCGUAGGCGUUGUUGCGUUCCUGAGCGGCAACAGCGCCCUGGGUGAGGUGCAGCGCCGCCGUCUAGCAGGCGAGAGAUAG